GAAGCGUCAGGAUGAUCGAGAUCGCGACUGAGGAAGAUGGCUGCCAUAAGCGGGUCAAGCAAAAAUGAUGCGUUGUAUAUUUCACUCUUGGGCUUAGCAGAACACUUUAGAGUCUCAAAUCCACCGAACAUAAGGCUUUGUAUUCAUUGUCUUCAAUCUAUAUUCAACAUAAACCCUCCUCCUCUUAUUGUAUCUCGAACGCACCUGCAAUUGGGAAACAUUCUACUGGCGCACACGAAAAACAAAGAGUUAGCCACUCGGCAUUUGGAGCAAGCUUGGACUGUAUCAAUUGCUUUACCUCCCUCAGAAGAAGCUGACUUGGUGAGGUUUGAAUCAGCCAGUGAAUUAGCAACAUUGUAUGAAAAAGAUUAUCGCUAUGAAGAUGCUAAGCCAGUGCUACAGAAAGCAGUUGAGGUGUCCCAGCAGUCUGCGUACUGGCACUGCCGCCUUAUCUUCCAGCUGGCUCAAAUCUAUGCAAUUCAGAGAGAUUAUGUCUCCGCCUGUCACUACCUUCAGAUGGGGGCAGACUUUGCGGGAUCCGCCCGAUCAGAAUACACAAGACUUCUCUUCAUUUUAAGCAAGGGAAUGUUGCUGCUGAUUGCCAAGAAAACCACAGAAGUCCAUGACACACUCAGCGCUGCUGGUCAGUUUAUCGAGGCCUACAAUGGAACUCCCCUACAGAAGGAAUCGCUCAAAGUCUUCUUCUUUGUGCUACAAGUCUGCCAUUAUCUCAUGGCUGGACAGGUUAAAACAGUUAAACCAGUUUUGAAGAACCUUCAGCAAAUCAUUCAGACCAUCACUCAGCUCCAUACAGAUGAAGAACCAGUCCCUGCUAAUGAGCUGGAUCUGUUUCAGUGGCUGCCAAUGGAACAUAUGUGCAUAGUAGUGUAUUUGGUGACAGUAAUGCAUUCAAUGCAAGCUGGACAUAUGGACAAAGCUCAGAAGUAUACAGACAAGGCUCUGAUGCAGAUAGAAAAGUUAAAAAUGUUGGACUCCCACCCUCUCCUGUCUGCCUUCCAGUUAAUGCUGCUGGAACACAUCAUCAUGUGUCGCCUGAUCAUGGGUAACAAAACACUGGCUAUUCAGGAGAUUUUCCAGGCCUGUUCUGUGUGCCAACAGCAGCCUCGGCUUUUUACAACUCAUGGCGCUCAAAUCCAUACACUUUUAGGUCUUUAUGCAAUGUCAAUGAAUUGUAUGGAUGCAGCAGAGUUGCAGUUCCUAACAGCUAUAAAGCUUUCACAGGGGACAGAACUGGCCAUGUUUGUGAAUUUAAAUUUGGCUAUUGUCUAUCUGAGGACUAAUCGCUUGCCAGAAUUUAUGUCAAUAAUGGAAAAAGUGGAUCCAGAGAAAUGCCAAUCAUGUCCUCAGAGUUUACAAGCAUCUGCAUUCUAUGUCCGAGGCUUGCAGACAUUUUUCCAGGCACGCUACAAUGAAGCCAAGAGAUACCUUAGAGAAACUCUGAAGAUGGCAAACUCUGAAGAUCUGAAUCGCCUGACCUCAUGUUCCUUAGUUCUUCUCGGGCACAUCUUCUUAUCCCUUGGAAACAAUGCUGAGGCAUUAAAUAUGGUCACUCCUGCAAUGCAGUUAGCGGGGAAAAUUUCUGAUGUCCAUGUCCAACUGUGGGCCUCUUCACUUCUCAAAGAUUUGUACAGACUUUGUGGGGACACUGCUAAUGAACAAGAGGGAUACAGAAUGCAUAAUACUUUUACUCAGUCCUUGCUGAAAGAUCUUUUACAGUCCUCCCAACUUCCAGAACACGGACUCAUACAUUGGACUGAAGGACCAUGUCCAUUUCAUCUGAACACAUCACAAGCUACUAACAGUGUGUUGUGAUCAUCUUGACCCCCCUUGUGAACCAGUAAACUCAAUCAACUGUUGAACAUACUAAUUUCGUCAUGGGAUUGGUUAGGGGUGCAAAACCAUGCAAGAAGGAUUCAAAGGACAGGAUUACUUUAAAGUCCAUAGAAAUGCAAGCAAUUUCAAUGUACAGAAGGUGAAAUUUAUUUCAUUUGGGAUAUUUUUUAGAUGUGAGGUUAUGUCAUAAUAUGUUAUGAUUUUAUCAGAUCUACUGUUUGAUACACGUGUUUUAACCAAUACCAUAAUGUUGUGCAUGUUAUUUUAAAUUCCUAUUGUACACAUGUAGGUGCGACUUACUUAAAUGAUGCAAAAGAGGGUCUUUAGAAUUCGAAAGAACUGGAUUAGGUGUGAUUCCUAUUGUAGCUAUUGAUGUACACGUUAACUCCAUGUAAAGAACUUGUGUUGAAUUUUUUUCUCAUUGAACAGUCAGUUAUAUAAAUGCCCUUGGAAAAGAUGGUGAUGAAUAUGGAAUUUUUAAAAAACCUGUUCCCACUUAAUUUAAAUUUUGAUAAACUUGUGAAUUGUUAGGCUUUAAAUAAAUUUUAUUGUAAAAAUUGUAAAAACAAGUAAGAAUUUGAUGAGUAAAAUAAAUACAUCAAAUGGGAACAACUAGUUUUUUUGUUGUACUUAAUACUUUUGUCUUCAGUUAUACUGUUUUUUUAAUGCAAGAAAUUCACUGUA